AUGAAAAAUAAAAGAACUCGUGAAGUGUUAAGAGUUUUACAAAAGUUUGUAGCAGAACAUAACCCAAGUACUUUAACAUCAGACCAAGACGGUGCAUACCUCAGCAAUGAAAUCACAGAAUUUCUCAUUAAGCAUAACAUAACUCACUACACUACUGAAGACCACAACCAUAACAUACUCGGCAUCAUAAACCGCUUCAUAAGGACUCUCAGAGAUUUAAAUCAAGAGCGAGACUUUACCGAAGAAACAAUGAAACAUUUUCUCGAAGUAUAUAAUUCCUCAACGCAUUCUACAACAGGACAUACACCAAAUUCAAUGACACAACAACAAGAAGAAAAGUAUAUACAAAAGAAACGAAGUCAAACACAAAAUAUCAGAAAUUCAACACAAUUUACCCUCAUUCCUGGUACAAAAGUUCGUGUAGUUCUUGACGACAAACCGUUGACAAAGAAACGUUUAAGGUUAAGUCGAAACUAUUAUAUAGUAGAUUCAACGCAAGGUAAUGGAUAUCUUAUAAAAGCUGCUGACGAUUCGAUUGCGUUUUACCCUCUUCAUAAGUUAGUCGAAAGUAGUAAUGGCAAACUUGCUGAAACCAUUGACGAAGCAAAGCGAGGAGUGGUUAUUGAAAUACUUGGCUAUAACAUAAACGAUGACACUUAUAAAGUAAGAUAUGAAGGAGGCGUUGAAGAUGUUAUACCAUCUAAGAACUUGAGAGAGUCGAAGCCAACACAUCUGGGACCAUUAGAGCGGGAGUACUGGAAAGACAAAAAUAUGCCAGAAAGAAUAAGAAAAUUCUUCUAA